AUGGCCAAACAGAACCAACAGUUGACAGCUUUGCAAGAGAUCAAUGAUCGGAUUGCUCAGUUGAGGAAAAGAAACAAGGCACGAGUCCAACGAGGAAGAAGCUACCUAUUUUGGGAGAGGAACCUUGAUGAAUGGUUUCACUACAACAACAUUCUGAAAGAAGAGAGACUAUCUUAUGCCAUUGAUCAACUAAGAGGUAACGCCUUUAAAUGGUGGGUACAAGAAGAAGAUGAUAGAUUGUUUUACAAGGAGCCAGCUAUCAAAACGUGGAGAGAUCUUAAGGAAGUCAUGAAGGAUGAAUUUUCACCAGAACUCACAAUUAAUGAAUCAUUUACCACUUGUAUGAGUCGCUUGUCUUUGUCCAAGAAUGUUAAGACAGGUCCUGAGGUCCAGAAAGAGACGAACUCAACAUCCUUGUUGAGAUCAAAAGUUGUCCAUGAUUUAAGUCCAAAAGACAAGGAGAUUUUAAACACAAAUAAAGAAGAGCCAACAAGCCAAGGUGAUGUAACAGGACUUAAGGAGCAAGAAUUCAAAAGAAAGAAAUCACCAGGCGUCACCCUUGUGAUAGACCAGAAGAUGGCUCAAGACACAAAGCUGUCCAUGUUGCUUAAAGAAGCAAAACCGGUCAUAAAAGUAUCCCACCAAGGGAGAACAAAUGAAAGCUAUAAGCUUAUUGUAGUUCCAAAGAAAGAACCAGACCCUAAGCUCAGCCAUGAACCCACUUCUAAGUGGAAACCGAAAUCUGAACAAUCCAUUGUUCAAGUUCCAAAAGCUAUGGUUGCAAAGAAGAAAGCUUCAAAGAAAUCCCACCAGAUUAUCUUAUGUUGCUAG